AUGGCCCCCUCCACCACAGCCCUGGCACUGUGCGCGGCGCUGCUCCUCGCCCGGCGGACAGAAGGGGAGAAGCUGGCGAGCCCCACCCACGUGCGCUUUGAUGCGGAGAUCGGGCACCACCUGCUGCGGUGGCAGCCGGGACACAGCCCCCGCGGUGACAUCCACUACCAAGUGGAGCUCGGAGUCUACGGCACCAAUUUCUCCUGGACAUCCAUCCCAAGCUGCACCAAGAUUUUGGAGCACUCCUGCGACCUCACGUACUACACCCUGGAUCCUGCCCAGCGCUACUACGCACGGGUCAGGGCCGUGUCUGGAAACCACACGUCCCCGUGGCAAAGGACCAACGCUUUCUCCAUGCAGGAAGCUCACCUGCGCCUGCCGGGCCAGAGCCUCUCGGUGACGGGCAACACCAUCCACGUGCAGCUGCAGCUGCUCUUCAGGGUGGGCAACCUCAGCGUGAAGUACGACAGCAUCCACAAGCACCUGAGGCAGUACCGGGUGUACGUCAGGAGGACGCAGAACAACCGGACGUACGAAGUGAUGAAGAAUGUCCCAGAGUUCAACAUCACCAACCUCUUCUGGGACACCGAGUACUGCGUCAGCGUGGAGCCCGUGGUGUCCAGCCGGCCCAGCCGCGCCACACGCACCGCCGAGCAGUGCGUCACCACCGCCGAGAGGGAUCGGAGCGCAGAGCUUGUCCUGAGCAUGGUCGGCUCCUCCUUCAUCAGCCGCUUGCUCCUGGGCCUCCUGGGGAUCCUGCUGGUCUGCACCUACAUAAAGAAACCCAUGAGGCCACCGUCCGUCCUGAAAUCCUUCAUAAAGCAGAGCUCGCUCUGGGUGGAGCAGGAGCCCUCGUCCUCAGGCAUCCCAGACGGAGACCGUGUCCAGCAGCUCUUCCUGUGCCAGAAGGAGCCCCGACAGGAUGGCAGCCCGGACAUGGCUCAGCUGCCCCCAGAGAAGGGCUGGGGGCUCCCGGCGGGGCCCGAGGACCGGCUGCGUCUGCUGGGUCUGGGGGCAGACAGCAGCAGCACCAGCACCGACAGCGGCAUCUGCCUGCGCGCCUCCUUCUCCUCCGAACUGAGCGGCUCCUCCGGCCACGAGCCCCGGGGCUACAAACAGCAGUUGCCCACCGGCGAUGACAGUGGUGUGGGCUUGGACACCCCUUGCCCCAUGUGCUCGUCCAGCCAUGGGAAUGAGCUCGGCUUCUCCCCUGCCACCAGCCAGGAGAGCCAGCAGGAUGUGGAGUUUCGUGGCUACCUGCAGCAGUCCAAGGGCACAGUGGAGCCGAGGCAGGACCUGGCUGAGGGGGUGCCCUCCCUGGGCUGUGCGGGAUCCCCGCAGGGCAUGGGCAGCGCCGACAUCGUGCUGGUCAUGGAGUGCUCGGAGCUGGCUGUGGCCAAAGGGUAUCUGAAGCAGUACUCAUCCCAGCACCCUCGCAGCCAUGCACAGGACCUUGCUCCAUGGAAAGCCCCUUGGAACCCCACUGCCUGGGACUUCUCCAGCCAAGUGGGGCUCCAAGCCCCCACUCUGCUGAGCUACGGCGCUCCAGGUGCUCCCUUGGCCUGCAAAGCCAGCCCUGAGCUCCUGAAAGCUCCCUUGGACCUAAGCAUCUUCAACACUGACCUCCUGGGAACGCUGCCCCUCACCUCCAGCCUCAGCACCAACGAGUGGCUGGGGCUGGAGAUCAAACCC